AUGUCUGCACCCCACGACCAGAACCGCCAUCCCCGGCGGCGUCCACUUAAGGGCGGGGCCUCCCCUCUUAGCACCCAUGCCAUGCAGCUUCGCAAAAGCGGUACAUUCUCGUCGCCAACCCACAUAUCAUCCGACAUCUGUGAUCUGGACCGACACUUUGUGCCCCGGCGCUCGCCCACUAACACUGAGCGACUCGAACAGCUUGUCCAAGAGUCCAUCCAGGAUCCCAGUGUCCGCCGUGUUACCAACCUGCUCAACGACAUCGAGGCCAAGAUUGCCGGUCAAAAAGGCUCCUCCACCUCCUCCAACAUCCUCAGCGACCCUGAGGUGUUCCCUGUCCCGAGCUUGUUCCUAGACAACACCGUAUUGGACCACACACCCAUGGACAUUGACUCCAAGCCGUCUGCACAAGACCACAGCCCCCACGACCACGCUUCUGACAGCGGUCUUGGUUCCAGCGUUAGCGGAUCGAGAUACGACGACAUCCGCUCCCGACGCUCCAGCACCCGUGAAUCCAUCAGCACCUCAAUCAGCUCAACCCACUCUGCUGUCACGCGCUCAUUCUCCGCCCUGGGUGCGUCUGACGAAGGCCACGUCCUCGGCGAGUACGCGUGCAAGCAGAUCCACGACAGCAUUGUCAAGCCCAUUCUUGCCGAGGAGUCCUUGAAGGACUUCCACGAACUUAUUAAAGACGUCCCCCGACGCAUAGGUGAGAAGAACAUCCGCAACCUUCGCGAUCUCGAGAAGACUCUCAUCUUCUUGGCACCGGAGCUCUCGGCAACACCGGACAAAUACUCCCGAUUCUGUGAACGAUCAAUCCAGCUCUUGGCCACGACUGUCCAGUACCUUUCCGAGCAAGACCAGCGACUACCAACCGACCGCCCUUAUACUGACGGCUACUUCCUCGACUUGAUGGAACAGAUUAGACGAUACGCUUCAAUCAUGGCCGCCACCCGCGAAAAGGAAUCCAAAGGCGAAGACCUCGACGACAUGGACUACUCACGGUAUGACCGCGCAGCCGCCUUUCUGUUUUCCCGCACUGACAAAGCCUUCCACAGCGAUGAGAAGAUCACGCUCCGUGGUGGCCUUAGCCACAACGGUCGUCCUGUUGAACUCGUCCGGGAGAAGAACGGAAAGGUCAUCUCCAUUGACGAGGAUGCCGCAAAGACUUUCAGGAUCAAGCGUCGUCUGUCGGAUGCCGACGUUGAUGACGACAUGGACGGCGACGAGGUUACCCGCUCCAUGGCCCGACGACGCAAGUCUGAGAAACCAGGUGAUGUCAUUCAUGCUUGCCGUGACUGCAACAAGGAGUUCAAACGCCCAUGCGACCUGACCAAACACGAGAAGACCCAUUCUCGUCCGUGGAAGUGCUCUGAGAGGAACUGCAAAUACUUUGAUCUUGGCUGGCCAACGGAGAAGGAACGCGACCGACACAUGAACGACAAGCACUCUGCUGCCCCCGCACAAUACAAGUGUCUUUACCCUCCAUGCACAUACGCCUCAAAGCGUGAAUCCAACUGCAAGCAACACAUGGAGAAGGCACACGGCUGGGAAUACGUUCGCUCCAAGAGCAACGGUCGCAAGAAGGCUCCUUCAAGCAACAACCGCAGCCCCGCAACCCCUCUCACGCCCUUCAUUGGCACACCCAUGUCUGCAACCAUGGCUACACCAGUGACGCCAUUUAUUCCCUCGCCUCAAGUGCCUAUGAUGGACUUUGGCUUUGGAACACCGGCAAUGAGCGCAAACGGUUACCAGGGUGACUUCCGUCGUGACUCUAUUGCUACCAACGGUUCUCACUUUACUUACUCGUCUGGACACUCACCCAUUGAGCCCACAUCUUUCAACGACGCAGUCGUGACUCCCGAGGAUGUUGGUGUAAACCACAACGAUGUGUACAACAUGUGCAACCUCGACACAAACGUUAACACUGGCUUCCAACAGCCAACGCCUAUGAGCACUACGUUUGAUUUUGAGCCACUCCAGUUCACAACGAAUAACCAAAUGAACAACGGCUAUCCUCAGCUUUCUCCACUGGCUCAGCCCGAUGUGACACUCUUCUCACCACACAUGGACGAAGGUUUUGGCGACAUGGAUAUGAACCAAUGUUUCAACCUUCCGGGCGAGGACUUUACUUUGUUCGACGCCUCCCCACCUAGCACAAUGGCAUUCAACAACACAACAAACUUCUUCCCAGAGUUUAACCAGGUUGGAGGACAAUUUGAUGAUUUUUGUCCAGAGCCCACCACUACGUUGGAUGAUCUCAACUACAUGAAUUUCAUGAGCACGCAGUAA